GCCCUCUGCAUCUUCAUUAGUAAACCUUCUUUCAGCUUUAUUCAUCUCUUUUGUAUUUGGAGAAACAGAAAUAAGGUUUGCUGGGCAAACAGAAUUUGUUGUUAAUGAAACAAGUACUACAGUUAUUCGUCUUGUCAUUGAAAGGAUAGGAGAGCCAGAAAAUGUUACUGCAAUUGUAUCGCUGUAUGGAGAAGACACUGGUGACUUUUUUGACACAUAUGCUGCAGCUUUUAUACCUGUGGGGGAAACAAAUAGAACAGUGUACAUAGCAGUAUGUGAUGAUGAUUUACCGGAGCCUGAUGAAACUUUUAUUUUUCACUUAACAUUGCAGAAACCUUUAUUGAAUGUGAAGCUUGGGUGGCCAAGAACUGUUACUGUGACGAUAUUAUCAAAUGACAAUGCAUUUGGAAUUAUUUCAUUCAAUAUGCCUUCAUCAAUCACAGUGAGUGAGCCCAGGGGCAGAAAUGAGUCUGUGCCUUUUAUUCUCAUUAGGGAAAAGGGAACCUAUGGAAUGGUCACUGUGACUUUUGAGGUAGAGGGUGGCCCAAAUUCCCCUGAAGAAGAUUUGAGUCCAGUUAGAGGAAACAUCACCUUUCCCCCGGGGAGAGCAACAGUAAUCUAUAACUUGACAGUACUUGAUGAUGAGGUACCAGAAAAUGAUGAAAUAUUUUUUAUUUACCUGACAAGUUUAGAAGGAGGAGCUGAGAUUAACACAUCUAGGAAUUCAGUUGAGAUUAUCAUCAAGAAAAAUGAUGCUCCCGUGAGAUUCAUUCAGAGUGUUUACUUGGUGCCUGAGGAAGACCACGUACUCAUAAUUCCAGUGGUUUGUGGAAAGGAUAACAAUGGAAAUCUGAUUGGAUCUGAUGAAUAUGAAGUUUCAAUAAGAUAUACAAUUAAAACUGGGAAUUCAACAGCACAUGCGCAGCAAAAUUUAGACUUCAUUGAUCUUCAGCCAAACACAACUAUUGUUUUCCCACCUUUAAUUCAUGAAUUCCACUUGAAAUUCCAAAUAGUUGAUGACACCAUACCAGAGAUUGCUGAAUCAUUUCAUAUUAUGUUGCUAAAGGACACCUUACAGGGAGAUGCUGUGCUAGUAGGCCCUUCUAUUGUUCAGGUUACCAUUAAGCCAAAUGACAAACCUUAUGGAGUUCUCUCAUUCAACAGCAUCUUGUUUGAAAGGCCAGUUAUAAUUGAUGAAGACACAGUGUCAAGAUUUGAAGAAAUUACAGUGGUUAGGAAUGGCGGGACCCACGGGAAUGUUUCUGUGAACUGGGUGUUGACACGCAACAGCAGUGAUCCCUCACCGGUGACAGCAGAUAUCAGACCAAGUUCUGGGGUUCUCCAUUUUUCACAAGGGCAGAUGUUGGCCUCAAUUCCUUUUACCAUUGUUAAUGAUGAUCUCCCAGAAGAGGCUGAAGCUUUUCUACUUAAAAUUCUGCCUCAUACAGUACAAGGAGGUGCUGAAGUGAGCGAACCAGCAGAGCUUUUGUUUUACAUUCAGGAUAGUGAUGAUGUUUAUGGCUUAAUAACAUUUUUUCCUAUGGAAAAUCAGAAGAUUGAAAGCAGUCCAGGUGAAAGACAUUUAUCCUUGAGUUUUACGAGAUUUGGAGGAACUAAAGGAGAUGUGAGGAUGCUUUAUUCUGCACGUUACAUUCCUGCCGGAGUUACAGACCCCCUACAAGUGAAGGACGGCAUCUUAAAUACAUCCAGGAAAAACAGCCUCAUUUUUCCAGAACAUAAAACUCAAGUUACUACACAGUUACCAAUAAGAAAUGAUGCCUUCCUUCAAAAUGGGGCCCACUUCAUAGUACAGUUGGAGAGUGUGAUGUUGAUGAACAUACAACCCCCAAUCCCACCUAUAAGUCCCAGAUUUGGGGAAAUCCGAAAUAUUUCUUUACUGGUUACUCCAGCCAUUGCUAAUGGAGAAAUUGGCUUCAUUAGUAAUUUUCCAAUCAUUUUGCAUGAACCAGAAGAUUCUGCUGCUGAGGUGGUAUACAUUCCCUUGCAUCGGGAUGGAACUGAUGGCCAGGCCACCAUCUAUUGGAGUCUGAAGCCCUCUGGCUUUAAUUCAGAAGCAGUGACCAUGGAUGAUAUAGGUCCCUUUAAUGGUUCUGUUGUAUUUUUAUCUGGGCAAAGUGACACAACAAUCAACAUUACUGUCAAGGGUGAUGACAUACCGGAAAUGAAUGAAACUGUAACACUUUCUCUAGACAGGGUAAAUGUGGAAAAUCAAGUGUUGAAAUCUGGAUAUACUACCCGCGACCUAGUUAUUUUGGAAAAUGAUGAUCCUGGGGGAGUUUUUGAAUUUUCUCCUGCUUCCAGAGGACCCUAUGUUAUAAAAGAAGGAGAUUCUGUAGAGCUCCACAUUAUUCGAUCCAAGGGGGCUCUCGUCAAACAAUUUCUACAUUACCGAGUAGAGCCCAGAGACAGCAGUGAAUUCUAUGGAAACACAGGUGUUCUUGAAUUUAAACCUGGGGAAAGAGAAAUAGUAAUCACCUUGCUCUCAAGACUGGAUGGCAUACCAGAGUUGGAUGAGCACUACUGGGUGGUCCUCAGCAGCCACGGUGAAAGGGAAAGCAAGUUGGGAAGUGCUUCCAUUGUCAACAUAACGAUUCUAAAAAAUGAUGAUCCUCAUGGGAUUAUAGAGUUUGUUUCUGAUGGUCUAAUUGAGACAAUAAAUGAAAGCAAAGCAGAUAAUAUCUACAGUGCUGUUUAUGGCGUAAUAAGACAUCGAGGAAACUUUGGUGAUGUUAGUGUUUCAUGGGUGGUUAGUCCAGACUUUACACAAGACGUAAUUCCUGUGCAAGGGACAAUUUUCUUUGGAGAUAAGGAAUUUUCAAAAAAUAUCACCAUUUAUUCCCUUCCAGAUGAGAUUCCAGAGGAAAUGGAGGAAUUUACCAUUAUCCUACUUAAUGCCACUGGAGGAGCUAAAGUGGGAAAUAAAACAACUGCAACUCUAAGGAUUAGAAGAAAUGAUGAUCCCAUUUAUUUUGCAGAGCCUCGUGUGGUGAGGGUUCAGGAAGGAGAGACUGCUAACUUUACAGUCCUCAGAAAUGGAUCUGCAGAUGUUAUCUGUACCAUCCAGUAUGCUACUGUAGAUGGGAAGGCCACAGCCAAAGAGGGAGACUUUGUUCCGGCUGAAAAAGAGGGAACCCUCAUUUUUGAGGUUGGAAGUAGAGAGCAGAGCCUAUCUGUAUAUGUUAAUGAAGAUGGUAUCCCCGAAACAGAUGAGCCUUUUUAUAUAAUCCUCUUUAAUUCAACAGGUGAUACAGUAGUAUAUCAGUAUGGAAUAGCUACAGUCAUAAUUGAAGCUAAUGAUGACCCAAAUGGUAUUUUUUCUCUGGAGCCUAUAGACAAAGCAGUGGAAGAAGGAAAGACUAAUGCAUUUUGGAUUUUGAGGCACCGAGGACAUUUUGGUAAUGUGACUGUGGCUUGGCAGCUGUUCCAGAAUGAUUCUGUUCUGCAACAUGGACAAGAAUUCUAUGAAACUUCAGGAACUGUUAAUUUCAUGGAUGGAGAAGGAGCAAAACUAAUAAUUCUCCAUGCUUUUCCAGAUAAAAUUCCCGAAUUCAAUGAAUUUUAUAUUCUAAAGCUCAUAAACAUUACAGGUGGGUCCCCAGGUCCUGGAGGCCAACUUGCAGAAACCAACCUUCAGGUGACAGUAAUGAUUCCAUUCAAUGAUGACCCUUUUGGAAUUUUCAUCUUGGAUUCAGAGUGCUUAGAGAGAGAAGUGGCAGAAGAUGUGCUCUCAGAAGAUGACAUGUCUUAUAUUACCAACUUCACCAUUUUGAGGCAACAAGGUGUCUUUGGUGAUGUACGAGUAGGCUGGGAAAUUGUGUCCAGUGAGUUCAUGUCUGGUCUGCCCCCAAUGAUAGAUUUUGUACUGGUUGGAAUUUUCCCCAGCACUGUGCAUUUACAACCACACAUGCGGCGUCACCAUACUGGAACAGAUGCUUUGUAUUUCAGUGGACUGGAAGGUGCAUUUGGGACUGUUAAUGCAAAAUAUCACCCCUCUAGGAAUAACACGAUUGCCAACUUCACAUUUUCAGCUUGGGUAAUGCCUAAUGCCAAUACAAAUGGAUUUGUUCUAGCAAAGGAUAAUGGUAAUGGAAGCAUCUACUAUGGGGUGAAAAUUCAAACAAAUGAGUCCCAUGUGACAUUUUCCCUUCAUUAUAAAACUUUGGGAUCCAAUGCUACAUACAUCGCCAAGACAACAGUCAAGAAAUAUUUAGAAGAAGGUGUUUGGCUUCAUCUUCUAAUUAUCGUGGACGAUGGUAUAAUUGAAUUCUACUUGGAUGGAAAUGCAAUGCCAAGAGGAAUCAAGAGUCUGAAAGGGGAAGCCAUUAGUGAUGGUCCUGGAAUAUUGAGAAUUGGGGCAGGAAUGAAUGGUAAUGACCGGUUUACAGGUCUGAUGCAGGAUGUAAGGUCCUAUGAGAGGAAACUGACCCUUGAAGAAAUUUAUGAACUUCAUGCUAUGCCUUCAAAGAAUGAUUUACAUCCUAUUUCUGGAUAUGUGGAGUUCAGACAGGGAGAAACUAACAAAUCAUUUAUUGUUUCUGCAAGAGAUGACAAUGAAGAGGAAGGAGAAGAGUUAUUCAUUCUUAAACUAGUCUCUGUAUAUGGAGGAGCUCACAUUUCUGAAGAAAAUACUACAGCAAGAUUAAUCAUACAAAAGAGUGACAAUGCCAAUGGCUUGUUUGGUUUCACAGGAGCUUGUAUACCAGAGAUUGCAGAGGAGGGAUCUACCAUUUCAUGUGUGGUGGAGCGAACCAGGGGAGCUCUGGAUUAUGUGCAUGUUUUUUACACCAUCUCACAGAUCGAAUCUAAUGGCAUUAAUUACCUUGUUGAUGAUUUUGCUAAUGCCAGUGGAAGGAUCACAUUCCUUCCUUGGCAGAGAUCUGAGGUCCUGAAUAUAUAUGUUCUUGAUGAUGAUAUUCCUGAGCUUAAUGAGUAUUUUCGGGUGACAUUGGUUUCUGCAAUUCCUGGAGAUGGGAAACUAGGUUCAACUCCUACCAGUGGUGCAAGCAUAGAUCCUGAGAAGGAAACAACAGAUAUCACCGUCAAAGCUAGUGAUCAUCCAUUUGGCUUGCUGCAGUUCUCCACGGGGCUGCCCCCACAGCCUGAGGACCCCAUGAGCCUGCCGGCAAGCAGUGUGCCAAACAUCACUGUGCAAGAGGAGGAUGGAGAGGUCCGGUUAUUGGUUGUCCGUGCACAAGGACUCCUGGGGAGGGUGACUGCGGAAUAUAGAACAGUGUCCCUGACAGCUUUCAGUCCCGAGGACUACCAGAAUGUUGCUGGCACAUUAGAAUUUCAACCAGAAGAAAGAUAUAAAUACAUUUUUGUCAAUAUCACUGAUAAUUCUAUCCCUGAACUGGAAAAAUCUUUUAAAGUUGAGUUGUUAAACCUGGAGGGAGGAGUGACUGAACUCUUUAGGGUUGAUGGCAGUGGUAGUGGUGAUGGGGACAUGGAAUUCUUCCUUCCAACUAUUCACAAACGUGCCAGUCUAGGAGUGGCUUCCCAGAUUCUAGUGACAAUAGCAGCCUCUGACCAUGCUCACGGUGUGUUUGGAUUUAGCCCGGAGUCACUCUUUGUCAAUGGAACGGAACCAGAAGAUGGAUAUAGCACUGUUAUGUUAAAUGUUGUGAGGAGUCAUGGAACUCUGUCUCUAGUGACUUUGCAUUGGAACAUAGCCUCUGAUCCUGAUGGGGAUCUUGCCUUCACCUCUGGCAACAUCACCUUUGAUAUUGGACAGAGGAGUGCCCAUAUCACAGUGGAAAUAUUGCCGGAUGAAGAUCCAGAGCUGGAUAAGGCAUUCUCUGUGUCAAUCCUGAGUGUCUCCAGUGGUUCUUUGGGAGUUCAUACUUGUGCCACAUUAACAAUUUUGGCUAGUGAUGAUCCUUAUGGGGUAUUCAUUUUUUCUGAGAAGAAUAGACCUAUUGAAGUUGAGGAAGCAACCCAGAACAUCACAUUAUCAAUAAUAAGGCUGAAAGGCCUUAUGGGAAAAGUUAUGGUCUCUUAUGCUACAGUAGAUGAUAUGAAAAAACUACCUUAUUUUCCACCUAAUUUAGCCAGAGCAAGUCAAGGAAGAGAUUAUAUAUCAGCUUCUGGAUUUGCUGUUUUUGGAGCUAAUCAGACUGAGGCCACAAUAACUAUUUCAAUUUUGGAUGAUGAUGAACCAGAAAGGUCGGAGUCUGUGUUUAUUGAACUAUUCAAUUCUACUUUAAUAGAGAAAGUGCAGGAUCGACCAAUUCCAAAUUCUCCACGCCUGGGACCUAAGGUAGAAACUGUAGCCCAUCUAAUUAUCCUUGCCAACGACAAUGCAUUUGGAACCCUUCAGCUUUCAGCGCCAGUGGUUCGAGUGACAGAAAAUCAUGUUGGACCUAUUAUCAAUGUGACUAGAACAGGAGGAGCAUUUGCAGAUGUUUCUGUGAAGUUUAAAGCUGUGCCAAUAACUGCAGUAGCUGGUGAAGAUUACAGUAUAGCUUCAUCAGAUGUGGUCUUGCUGGAAGGGGAAACCAGUAAAGCUGUGCCAAUAUACAUCAUUAACGACAUCUACCCUGAACUGGAAGAAUCUUUCCUUGUGCAGCUGCUGAAUCAAACAACAGGAGGAGCGAAACUAGGGGCUUUGACAGAGGCUGUCAUUAUUAUUGAGGCUUCUGAUGACCCCUAUGGAUUAUUUGGUUUUCAGAUCACUAAACUUAUUGUAGAGGAACCUGAGUUUAACUCAGUGAAGGUAAACCUGCCAAUAAUUCGAAAUUCUGGGACACUCGGCAAUGUUACUAUUGAGUGGGUUGCCACCAUUAAUGGACAGCUUGCUACUGGCGACCUGCGAGUUGUCUCAGGUAAUGUGACCUUUGCCCCUGGGGAAACCAUUCAAACCUUGUUGUUAGAGGUCCUGGCUGACGACGUUCCGGAGACUGAAGAGGUUAUCCAAGUGCAACUAACUGAUGCCUCUGGUGGAGGCACUAUUGGGUUAGAUGGAGUGGCAAAUAUUAUUAUUCCUGCCAAUGAUAAUCCAUAUGGCACAGUAGCCUUUGUUCAGUCAGUUUAUCGUGUUCAAGAGCCUCUGGAAAGAAGUUCCUGUGCUAACAUCACUGUCAGGCGAAGUGGAGGGCACUUUGGGCAGCUGUUGUUGUUCUACAGUACUUCCGACAUUGAUGUAGUGGCUCUUGCAGUUGAGGAAGGUGAAGAUUUACUGUCCUACUAUGAAUCACCAAUUCAAGGGGUGCCUGACCCACUUUGGAGAACUUGGGUGAAUGUCUCUGCAGCGGGGGAGCCCCAGUACACCUGUGCCACUCUGUGCCUCAAAGAACAUGCUUGCUCGGCGUUUUCAUUUUUCAGUGCUUCUGAGGGUCCUCAGUGUUUUUGGAUGACAUCCUCCAUCAACCCAUCUGUCAAUCAUUCAGACUUCUGGACCUACAAGAAAAACAUGACCAGGGUAGCAUCUCUUUUUAGUGGUCAAGCUGUGGCUGGUAGUGACUAUGAGCCUGUGACAAGGCAGUGGGCCAUAAUGCUGGAAGGUGAUGAAAUUGCAAAUCUCACAGUUUCUAUUCUUCCUGAUGAUUUUCCAGAGAUGGAUGAGAGUUUCCUAAUUUCUCUCCUUGAAGUUCAUCUCAUGAACAUCACAGCCACUUUUGAAAAUCAGCCAACCAUUGGACAGCCAAAUACUUCUACAGUUACCAUAGCACUAAAUGGUGAUGCCUUUGGAGUGUUUGUGAUUUAUAGUAUUAGUCCCAAUACCUCCGAAGAUGGCUUGUUUGUCAAAGUUCAGGAGCAGCCUCAGACCUCAGUGGAGCUGGUGAUCCACAGGACAGGAGGCAGCUUAGGUCAGGUGACUGUUGAAUGGCGUGUUGUUGGUGGAACAGCUACUGAAGGUUUAGAUUUUAUAGGUGCUGGAGACAUUCUGACUUUUGCUGAAGGUGAAACCAAAAAGACAGCCAUUUUAACCAUUCUGGAUGAUUCCGAUCCAGAGGAUGAUGAAAGCAUCAUAGUUAGUUUGGUGUACACUGAAGGAGGAAGUAGAAUUUUGCCCAGUUCCGACACUGUGAGAGUGGACAUUUUGGCCAAUGACAAUGUGGCGGGAAUUGUUAGCUUUCAGACUGCUUCCAGAUCUGUCAUUGGUCAUGAAGGAGAAAUGUUGCAAUUCCAUGUGAUAAGAACACCUCCUGGGCGAGGAAAUGUUACUGUUAACUGGAAAAUUAUUGGACAAAAUAUAGAAUUCAAUAUUGCUAACUUUACUGGACAACUCUUCUUUCCUGAGGGGACAAUGAAUCAAACAAUAUUGGUGCAUUUGUUGGAUGAUAACAUUCCUGAGGAAAAAGAAGUGUAUCAAGUCAUUCUGUACGAUGUCAGGACACAAGGAGUUCCACCAGCAGGAAUUGCUCUGCUUGAUACUCAAGGAUACGCAGCUGUCUUGACAGUGGAAGCCAGUGAUGAACCACAUGGAGUUUUAAAUUUUGCUCUUUCAUCAAGAUUUGUCUUGCUGCAGGAGGCUAACAUAACAAUUCAGCUUUUCAUCAACAGAGAAUUUGGAUCUCUAGGAGCUAUCAAUGUUACGUAUACCACGGUUCCUGGAAUGCUGAGUCUGAAGAAUCAAACUGAGGGAAACCUUGCAGAAGCAGAAGUUGAUUUUGUCCCAGUAAUUGGCUUUCUGAUUUUAGAAGAAGGGGAAACAGCAGCAGCCAUCAACAUCACUAUACUUGAGGAUGAUAUACCUGAACUAGAAGAAUAUUUCCUGGUGAAUUUAACCUAUGUGGAACUUAUCAUGGCCCCUUUAACCUCAUUUCCUCCAAGACUAGAUUCAGAAGGCUUGACUGCACAAAUCAUUAUUGAUGCCAAUGAUGGUGCCCGAGGGAUGAUCCAAUGGCAGCACAGCAGAUUUGAAGUAAAUGAAACCCAUGGAAGUGUAAUGUUGGUAGCGCACAGAAGUGGAGAGGCUCUUGGCCAUGUGUCCUUGUUUGUGUACGCCCAGAAUAUGGAAGCACAACUGGGGCUGGAUUACAUCUUCACGCCAGUGAUUCUUCAUUUUGCUGAUGGAGAAAGACAUAAAAAUAUAGAAAUCAUGAUUCUUGAUGAUGACAUUCCAGAAGGAGAUGAAAAAUUUCAGCUCAUUUUAACAAAUCCUUCUCCUGGACUGGAACUGGGGCAACAGACAAUAGCUGUAAUUACCAUCCUUGCUAAUGAUGAUGGCCCUGGAGUUCUAUCAUUUAACAACAGUGAGCACUUUUUCCUGAGAGAGCCAGCAGCUCUCUACGUUCAGGAAAGCGUUGCAGUCUUGUACGUUGUUCGGGAACCUGCACGAGGACUGUUUGGAACUGUGACAGUUCAGUUCAUUGUCACAGAAGUGAAUUCUUCAACAGAAUCCAAGGACCUGACUCCUUCCAAAGGCUAUAUUGUAUUAGAAGAAGGUGUUCGACUCAAGGCCCUGCACAUUUCUGCUGUAUUAGACACAGAACCAGAAAUGGAUGAGCAUUUUGUUUGCACCUUGUUUAAUCCGACGGGAGGUGCUAGAUUAGGGGCGCAGGUUCAAACCUUGAUAACAGUAUUACAAAAUCAGGCCCCUUUGGGGCUGUUCAGUAUUUCUGCUAUUGAAAAUAGAGCCACUUCUAUAGAUAUUGAAGAAACCAACAGAACGGUAUACUUAAAUGUGUUGCGUACUAAUGGCAUUGAUUUAGCUGUGAGUGUGCAGUGGGAGACGGUAUCUGAAACAGCCUUUGGCAUGAGGGGAAUGGAUGUUGUCUUUUCCAUAUUUCAAAGUUUUUUGGACAAGCCAGUUUCUGGCUGGUGUUUCUUUACUUUGGAAGAUUCAGUAUAUGGUAUAAUGUUAAGAAAAUCAUCAUUUACUAUUUACCGAUGGCAAGGGAUUUUUAUUCCAGUAAAGGAUUUAAAGAUACAAAAUCCUAAAACUUGUGAGGCCUUUAAUAUUGGUCUUUCUCCCUACUUUGUAAUUACUCAUAAAGAAAGAAAUGAAGAGAAGUCUUCUGUUAACAGUGUGUAUACCUUCACAUCUGGAUUCCAAUUAUUCCUGGUGCAAACAAUCAUUAUUUCUGAAAGUUCCCAAGUAAGAUAUUUUACUUCAGACAGUCAAGAUUAUUUAAUUGUUGCAAGUCAAAGAGAGGAUUCCGAAUUAACUCAGGUCUUCAGAUGGAAUGGACAGAGCUUUGCAUUGCAACAGAAUCUUCCUGUCCGAGGUGUUUUGACCAUGGCCUUAUUCAACAGAGGCAACUCUUUGUUCUUAGCAAUUUCCCAGGCUAAUGUCAGGCUACACGCCCUUUUAUUCAGAUGGUCUGGCAGCACAUUUAUUUACUUUGAAGAAGUGCCAGUCAGUGGAACGACACAAGUUGAAGCUUUGUCUUCAGGAGAUGAUAUUUACUUAAUUUUUGCCAAAAAUACCUUCUUAGGAGAUCAGAAUUCCAUUGAUAUUUUCCUCUGGGAGAUAGGACAGUCUUCUUUCAGAUAUUUCCAAUCCCUGGAUUUUGCUACCGGUAACAGAAUCCAUUCCUUCACACCAGCCUCUGGAAUAGUCCACAUACUUGUACUUGGCCAAGAAGGGUCUGCUCUUUACUGCUGGAAUUCAGAGCUGAAUCAGUUCUCAUUUGUUCUGGAAGCACCUUCUGCUCAGGAUGCAGUUUCUGUUACAGUAAAGUCCCUUAACUCAAGCAAGAAUUUAAUUGCUGUUGUGGGAGCUGCCCACUCACACAUGUACGAGCUGGCCUACAUCUCCAGCCAGUCUGACUUUAUUCCUAGUUCAGGUGAACUGAUAUUUGAACCUGGGGACAGAGAAGCUACAAUAGCAGUAAAUAUUCUUGAUGAUGUAGUUCCAGAAGAAGAAGAAUCCUUCAAAGUUCAGCUUAAAAAUCCCAAAGGUGGAGCAGAGAUUGGUAGCAAUGGCUAUGUGAAAAUAACUAUUCUGUCUAAUGAUGAUGCCUAUGGAGUUGUUGGAUUUGCUCAGAAUUCAUUAUUUAAGCAAAUAGAAGAAAUGGAGCAAGAUAGCCUGGUAACCUUGAAUGUUGAGCGCUUAAAAGGCACAUAUGGCCGUAUAACUGUAGCAUGGGAAGCUGAUGGAAGUAUUGGUGAUAUAUUUCCUACCUCGGGAGUGAUUUCAUUUACUGAAGGCCAGGCACUGUCUACAAUUACUCUAACUCUUCUUGCUGAUGAUAUACCAGAGUUAUCAGAAGUUGUGAUCAUAACACUAACCCGAAUUGCCACAGAAGGGGUUGAGGACCCAUCAAAAGGUGCUACUAUUGAUCAGAAAAGAAACAAGUCCGUGAUAACUACUCUGCCCAGUGACUCUCCCUAUGGCUUGGUGGGCUGGCAUGCCAAGUCUCUCUUCACUACAGUAGCAGAGCCUACAGAGAACAUCACCAAUCUGCAGUUGUACGUUGUUCGAGAUAAAGGGUUCUUUGGGGACAUUGCCAUUCACUUGAAGGCGAAACCCAGUUUCUCGCUACACACAAAUAAUCAAGCUAUUGAAAAUGAAGAUUAUGUACUGCAAGAAACAACAAUAAUAAUGAAAGAAAACAUAAAAGAAACUCAUGUGAAUGUUGCCAUUUUGCCAGAUGAUGCUCCUGAGUUGGAAGAAGGAUUUAUCAUCAUCAUUACUGAGGUAAACCUGGUGAACUCUGACUUCUCUGCAGAGCAGCCAAGUGUACAGAGACCAGGAAUGGAAAUAGCUGAGAUAAUGAUUGAGGAAAAUGAUGAUCCCAGAGGAAUUUUUAUAUUUCAUGUUACUAGGGAUGUUGGUGGAGUUAUUACUGCUCAUGAGGUGCCUCCACCCUUGAACGUUCUUCAGGUUCCUGUAGUCCGGCUGGCUGGAAGCUUCGAGACAGUAAAUGUUUAUUGGAAAGCAAUACCAGGCACUGCUGGCCUGGAAGACUUUAAUCCAUCUCAAGGGAUUCUUGAAUUUGCAGAUGGGCAAGUUACUGCAAUGAUAGAAAUCACCAUAAUUGAUGAUGCUGAGGUUGAACUCAUGGAGAUGUUCAAUAUUUCCUUAAUCCAUGUGGCUGGAGGUGGCAGACUGGGGGAUGAUGUUGUGGUAACUGUGGUUAUUCCACAGAAUGAUUCUCCACUUGGAGUAUUUGGAUUUGAAAAACAGACUAUAAUGGUCAAUGAUUCCCUGUUAUCUGAUGACAAUUCAUAUGUGACAUUGACAGUUGUCCGGUCCCAAGGGGGAAAGGGCUCCGUCCGACUUCGGUGGACUGUAGACGAGAAGGCUAAGGAUAAUCUCAGUCCUUUAAGUGGGACACUUCAUUUUGAUGAGAUGGAGUCUCAGAAGACCAUUGUAUUGCAUGCACUGCAAGACACCGUGUUGGAAAAGGACAGGAAUUAUACAAUUCAGCUGUUACCAAUUGAUGAGGUAGAAAUAUCUCCAGCAAAAGGUAGUGCAUCAAUAAUUAUUCUGGGAGAAAGGGGAGCACCAGGAGAAGUUGGGAUAGCUCCGUCAUCUAGGCAUGUCCUCAUCGGGGAGCCCUCAGCUAAAUAUAAUGGUACUGCUAUCAUCAGCCUUGUUCGCGGCCCAGCGAUCUGGGGGGAGGUCACAGUGUUCUGGAGAAUCAUCCCUCCUUCUGUGGGGGUGUUUGCUCAAACGUCAGGAAAACUGACAAUGCGAGAUGGACAGUCUGCAGCCAUUGUAGUGAUACAGGCUUUGAAUGAUAAUAUUCCUGAGGAAAAGUCUUUCUAUGAGUUUCAGCUCACUGAAGUCAGCGAGGGAGGAGUGCUGAGUGACUCCAGAAGCACGGCCAACAUCACUGUGGUGGCCAGUGACUUUCCCUAUGGCCGAUUUUCCUUUUCACAGGACCAGCUUCGAGUGUCAGAGGAAGCACUGGGGGUUAAUGUCACGAUCAUCCGUUCGGGUGGAUAUUUUGGCCUGGUGAGACUCUGGUACAAGACUGUGAGCGGGACAGCAGGUGCUGGCUCAGAUUUUGUUUCUGCAUCAGGAGAGCUCCUCUUUGAAGCCAGAGAGACGGUGAAGAGUCUGCUUGUUGAAAUCCUUGAUGACGACCAUCCUGAAGGCCCUGAAGAAUUUUCUGUAGCAAUUCUAAAGGUGGAACUCCAGGGAAGAGGAUAUGAUUUUACCAUCCAAGAAAAUGGACUUCAGAUAGAUCAACCUCCUGAAAUAGGAAACACCUCUGUUGUUCGAAUCAUAAUAAUGAAAAAUGAUAAUGCAGAGGGAAUCAUUGAAUUUGACCCAAAGUAUACUACUUUCAAAGUGGAGGAGGAUGUUCGAGCAAUUGCGAUCCCAGUGGUGAGGCUGCAUGGAACUUAUGGCACUGUGACUGCUGAUGUCAUCUCCCAGAGCUCCUCUGCUGUUCCAGGAGACGUCAGUUAUAUGCUGCACAGCAGUUCAGUCACCUUUCAGCAUGGACAGAACUUAAGUUUUAUAAAUAUCUCCAUCACUGAUGGCAGUGAAAGUGAAUUUGAGGAGCCUUUUGAAAUUCUUCUCACUGGAGCUACUGGUGGAGCGAUCCUUGGGCGCCACCUAGUGAGCAGAGUCACCAUCGCCAAGAGUGAAUCUCCAUUUAGCACUAUAAGAUUUCUCAAUCAAAGCAAAAUUUCUGUUCCUAACCCCAAUUCCACAAUGAUUUUAUCCUUGGUCUUCGAAAGAACUGGAAGACUCUUAGGAGAGAUUCAGGUAAACUGGGAGAUAGUAGGACCCAAUUCUCAGGAAACCUUACCACCACAGAACAGAGACAUUGCAGACCCAGUGAGCGGAUCCUUCUUCUUUGGAGAUGGAGAAGAUGGAAUGAGAACCAUAAUUCUGGCAGUCUAUCCUCAUGAAGAAAUUGAAGUUGAAAAGACCUUUGUAAUUAAACUUAAACUUGUGAAAGGAGAAGCUAACUUAGACUCCAGAGCUAAAGAUAUUACAUUAACUAUACAAAAGUUUGGUGAUCCAAAUGGAGUUGUUCAUUUUGCUCCUGAGUCUUUAUCUAAGAAGACUUAUGUGGAGCCACCAGGUUUGGAAGGACCGCUGGUCAUCACUUUCUUUGUCAGAAGGGUAAAGGGCACCUUUGGAGAAAUUACGAUUUACUGGGAAUUAAGUAGUGAAUUUGAUAUCACUGGUGACUUUAUUUCCACAAAUGGAUUUUUCACCAUGGCUGAUGGAGAGACUGAUGCAAGCUUUGAUGUUCAUUUGCUGCCAGAUGAUAUACCUGAGAUAGAGGAGGACUGUGUGAUGCAGCUAGUUUCUGUAGAGGGAGGAGCAGAACUGGAUGUGGAAAAAUGCAUCACAUGGUUCUCUGUGUCUGCAAAUGAUGAUCCACAUGGAGUAUUUGCCUUGUAUCCAGAUCACCAGUCAAUACUUAUUGGACAGGACCUUAUUAGAUCUGUCCAAAUUAAUAUCACCAGGCUUGCUGGCACAUUUGGAGAUGUGGCUGUUAGAUUUCGAAUAUCAUCUGAUCAUAAAGAACAGCUAGUUACUACUAAAAAUGCAGAGAUGCAGCUGGUGGUUCAAGAUGGUGCCAGAUAUAAAGUUGACAUGGUUCCAAUAAAGAAUCAGGUCUUUCUGUCACUGGGCUCCAAUAUCACCUUGCAGCUGGUGACUGUGAUGCUCCUCAGUGGAAAUGUCUAUGGAAUGCCAACAAUUCUCCAGGAAGCAAAAUCCACUGUGCUUCCAGUCCCUGAAGAAGCAGCCAAUUCUCAGGUUGGAUUUGAAUCCACUGCUUUUCAACUCACGGAUAUCACUGCCGGCACAAGCCAAGUUAUGAUUUCUAGGACAGGAACAUAUGGUGCUCUCUCAGUGACCUGGACCAUAGGAUAUGCUCCUGGGUUAGAAAUCCCUGAGUCUAUCACUGUUGGUAACAUGACCCCAAUACUGGGGAGCCUGUCAUUUUCCCAUGGUGAACAAAGGAAAGGAAUUUUGCUGUGGACCUUCCCCAGCCCUGGUCGGCUGGAGGCCUUCGUCAUUCACCUGUCAGGUGUGCGGAGCAGUGCUCCUGGUGGAGCCCAACUCCGAUCAGGUUUCACCAUUGCUGAAAUUGAACCUAUGGGAGUCUUCCAGUUUUCCCCUAGUUCAAGAAGUAUCACGGUUUCGGAAGAUAUACAGAUAAUCAGAUUACAUGUGCAAAGACUGUUUGGGUUCCACAGUGAUCUUAUUAAAGUUUCCUAUGAGACAACUCCAGGAAGUGCAAAGCCACUGGAAGACUUUGAGCCUAUACAGAAAGGGGAAAUGUUUUUUCAAAAAUUCCAAGCUGAAGUUGAUUUUGAAAUAACCAUUAUUAACGAUCAGCUUCAUGAGAUGGAAGAAACUUUUUAUGUUAAUCUUACUUCAGUAGAAAUUCAGGGUCUACAAAAGUUUGAUGCUAAUUGGAGACCACGCCUGAAUCUAGAUUUCAGUGUUGCAGUGAUCACAAUAUUGGAUAAUGAUGAUGUGGCAGGCAUGGAUGUUUCUGUCCCCAUGACAGCUGUGGCUGUCGCAGUUGAUACCACUCCCAUUCCUAUAGAAACUGACUCUACCACACAUCCUGGCACAAGCGAGUUAACUACCAUUCCUCAGACAACUGAGAUGGCUGCCAUCAUUACUGAGACAACUGAUAUGUCCGCCACCCCUGAGAACCUUGUCACCGUUCAUGGUUCAUCUACCAUGCCUGAGAAGCCUGACAUGACCACUGUAACUGCCAGUAUUUCCAUUCACGGAACUUUUAGUCUUGGCCCCCCCAUUGUUUAUGUUGAAGAGGAGAUGAAGAAUGGCACAUUCAAUACUGUGGAAAUUCGUAUCCAAAGAACUGGUGGGUUUGAAGGCAAUGUCAGUGUAACAGUUAAAACUUUUGGUGAGAGAUGUGCUCAGAAGGAACCAAAUGCGUUGCCUUUUCAGGAUAUCUAUGAAACCUCCAACCGGACAUGGGCAGUUGAAGAAGAAGACUUUGAAGAACAAAGUCUUAUCCUUAUGUUUCUGGAUGGAGAAAGAGAACAUAGAGUAUCUGUUCCAAUUUUGGAUGAUGAUGAGCCUGAAGGGCAGGAAUUCUUCUUUGUGUUCCUCACAGACCCUCAAGGGGGAGCACAGAUUGUGAAGGGAAAGGAUGCCACUGGAUUUGCAGCUUUUGCCAUGGUUAUUAUUGCAGGAAGUGAUUUCCACAAUGGAAUCAUAGGUUUCAGUGAGGACUCCCAGCGUGGACUUGAACUGGGGGAAGGAGCUGAUAUGAGGAGACUGCAUCUUCUUGUCACAAGGCAGCCAAACAGAGCCUUUGAAGAUGUCCAGGUCUCUUGGAGAGUCACACUUAAUAAAACAGCCAUUGUUCUUCAGAAAGAAGGAGUGAACCUGAUGGAUGAACUUCUGUCUGUGUCAGGAAACACGACGUGUACAGCAGGUCAAACACAAUGCUUCAUCAGCCUUGAACUUACGCCAGGGAAGAUACCUCAAGUUGAAGUGUAUUUUUUCGUGGAACUCUAUGAAGUCACUGCUGGAGCAGCAAUAAACAACAGUGCCAGAUUUGCACAGAUUAAAGUCUUACAAAGUGAUGAACCUCUAAGCCUUGUGUAUUUUUCUGUGGGCUCUCGGCUGGCAGUGGCUGAGAAGAAGGCCACUUUAAUCAGUUUGCAGGUGGAAAGAGAUUCUGGGACAGGACUGAUGAUAUCUGUUAACUUUAGUACUCAGGAGUUGAGGAGUGCUGAAACAAUUGGUCGUACUCUUAUAUCUCCAGCUGUUUCUGGAAAGGAUUUUAUGAGAAAUGAAGGCACAUUGGUCUUUGAACCUGGCCAGAGCAACACCAUGUUGGAUGUCAACCUAACGCCAGAGAUAGGGUCUUCAAGUCCAUUUCCUAAACGCUUUCAGAUUGUGCUUUUGGGCCCAAAAGGUGGAGCCAGAAUUGAUAAAGCAUAUGGUACUGCCAACAUCACUCUUGUCUCUGAUGCAGAGUCACAGGCGAUUUGGGGCCUUGCCGAUCAGCUGUACCAGCCCCUUGAUGAAGACAUUCUUAACAGAGUGCUCCACAACAUUAACAUGAAUAUAGCCACAGAGAACACUGACGAACAGCUCAGUGCUGUGGUGCAUCUAAUAGAAAAGAUAACUGUUGAAGGAAAAAAUCAAGUUUUCAGUAUCAAAAGCAGAACUCUUUUCUAUGAGAUUCUUUGUGCUCUUGUUAAUCCAAAGCGCAAGGACACAAGAGGAUUCAGCCACUUUACAGCAGUGACUGAAGAUUUUGCCUUUUCUCUGCUGACUGAUGUUACCUGUGGCUCUCCUGGUGAAAAAAGCAAAACCAUCCUUGACAGUUGCCCAUACUUGUCAAUACUGGCUCUUCACUGGUAUCCUCAGCAAAUCAAUGGGCACAAGUUUGAAGGAAAGGAAGGGGAUUAUAUUAGAAUUCCAGAGAAGUUAUUGGAUGUCUCAGAUGCACAAAUAAUGGCUGGGAAAAAUUCAUGUAAAUUAGUCCAGUUUACAGAGUAUAGCAGUCAGCAGUGGUUUAUAACUGGUAACAAUCUUCCUGCCCUGAAAAACAAGGUAUUGUCUUUGAGUGUGAAAGAUCAAAGUUCACAACUCCUGACUAACAACAAUGAAGUCCUCUACAGGAUUUAUGCUGCUGAGCCUAGAAUUGUUCCUCGGACAUCUCUCUGUCUCCUUUGGAAUCAGGCUACAGCAAGCUGGUUGUCUGACAGUCAGUUUUGCAAAGUGGUUGAGGACACUGCAGAUUAUGUGGAAUGUGCCUGUUCACACAUGUCCCUGUAUGCUGCCUACGCCCAGAUUGACAACUUGUCUUCAUACAAUGAAGCCUUUUUCUCUUCCGGAUUUAUAUGUAUAUCAGGUCUUUGCUUGGUGGUUCUUUCCCACAUCUUCUGUGCCAGGUACUCCAUGUUUGCAGCUAAACUUCUGACUCACAUGAUGGCAGCCAGCUUAGGUACACAGAUUGUGUUCCUGGUAUCUGCAUAUGUAAGUCCCCAACUCACUGAGGACAGCUGUUCAGCCAUGGCUGCCAUCACACAUUACCUGUAUCUUUGCCAGUUUAGCUGGAUGCUCAUUCAGUCUGUGAAUUUCUGGUACGUGCUUGUGAUGAAUGACGAACACACAGAGAGGAGGUAUCUGCUGUUUUUUCUUCUGAGUUGGGGCCUUCCAUCUUUUGUGGUGAUUCUCCUCAUAGUUAUUUUGAAGGGUGUCUAUCAUCAGAGCAUGGCACAGAUCUACGGACUCAUUCACGGUGACCUAUGUUUCAUUCCAAACAUCUACGCAGCCCUGUUUACCGCGGCCCUUGUUCCUUUGAUGUGCCUGGUGGUGGUGUUCGUGGUGUUCAUCCACGCCUACCAGGUGAAGCCACAGUGGAAAGCCUACGAUGAUGUAUUCAGAGGGAGAACCAACGCUGCAGAAAUUCCACUGAUUUUAUAUCUCUUUGCCCUGAUUUCUAUGGCAUGGCUCUGGGGAGGACUGCACAUGGCCUACAGACAGUUCUGGAUGUUGGUUCUCUUUGUCAUUUUCAACAGUCUGCAGGGACUUUAUGUUUUUGUGGUCUAUUUCAUUCUACACAACCAAAUGUGUUGCCCUAUGAAGGCCAGCUAUACCGUGGAAAUGAAUGGCCACCCAGGACCCAGCACAGCCUUUUUCACCCCAGGGAGUGGAAUGCCUCCUGCUGGGGGUGAAAUCAGCAAGUCCACCCAGAAUCUUAUCAGUGCUAUGGAAGAGGUGUCACCUGACUGGGAGAGAGCGUCCUUCCAACAAGCCAGUCAAGCCAGCCCUGAUUUGAAGACAAGUCCACAAAAUGGAGCUACAUUCCCUACUGCAGGAUAUGGCCAGGGGUCGUUGAUAGCGGAUGAAGAGUCACAGGAGUUUGAUGACUUGAUAUUUGCAUUAAAAACUGGUGCUGGUCUCAGUGUCAGUGAUAAUGAAUCUGGUCAAGGCAGCCAGGAGGGAGGCACCUUGACUGACUCCCAGAUUGUAGAACUUAGGAGGAUACCCAUCGCCGACACCCACCUCUAAGGCUUCACUAACUGUUCAAAUGAGGAUACUUUCACAUUUGUCUUGGUUUUGUACUAAGCCUCUAAGUACAUGCAGCUGUGAAAUAGGAAUCUGUGAGUUGUACUGAUUAACACAGAAGUGAUUGUUAUAUUUGGAAUAUAAAUGACUUAUAUUUGUGCAACCUGAAAAUACACUGCUAUAUAAAUACCCAUUUAAAUAGGUUAAUAGGAUAUACAUAUUACAAGAAUAUUAGUUGACUUUUAAUCAUUUUACUUGGCUAACAUUGUUUAGUGGAAGUAAUAACCAAUAAA